GCGCACUGGCGAGGGGGCAGCGCCGCCGCAGGAGGCAGGGAAACCGACUGGCGAUCUGUGGCGGCGGCUGGGCGGCGGUGGCAGUUCGCAGCGAGGGCGACGGCUCGGAGGCCGAGCGGCCGUCCGGCGAGGACCUGGGCGCCGUCCUCCGCAUGACCUCCUCGGUAGACACAUUGUCCUACUGUAGCCCAGCUGGCUAACUCACUGCCUAACCCAGGCUGGCCUUGAGCGCUCAUCUGUCAGCUUCCCAAGACCUAGCAGGAAUUACAGGUUGAUCAGCCUUUGUACCUUUUCCGAAUUCAAAGAUGGUGAAGCUAGAUAUCCACACUCUGGCCCACCACCUCAAACAGGAGCGCUUGUACGUGAGCUCUGAGAAACAGCUCAUUCAGAGGCUAAACGCAGAUGUGCUGAAGACAGCUGAAAAGCUGUAUCGAACGGCGUGGAUUGCAAAGCAACAGAGGAUUAAUUUGGAUCGGCUUAUUAUAACCAGUGCUGAAGCGUCCCCUGCUGAGUGUUGCCAGCAUGCCAAGAUUUUGGAAGAUACACAGUUUGUUGAUGGAUAUAAACAACUGGGAUUUCAGGAAACAGCUUAUGGAGAAUUCUUGAGUCGGUUAAGAGAAAAUCCUCGUCUUAUUGCCUCCUCUUUGGUUGCUGGAGAAAAACUCAAUCAAGAGAACACACAAAGCGUUAUCUACACAGUUUUUACCUCCUUGUAUGGCAACUGUAUUAUGCAAGAAGAUGAAAACUACCUCCUUCAGGUUUUACGAUACUUGAUUGAAUUUGAACUGAAAGAAAGUGACAACCCCAGGCGGCUUUUGAGGAGAGGAACUUGUGCCUUCAGCAUCUUAUUUAAACUGUUUUCUGAAGGACUGUUUUCUGCCAAACUUUUUCUUACGGCUACUUUACACGAGCCCAUCAUGCAGCUCCUUGUGGAAGAUGAAGACCAUCUGGAAACAGACCCUAACAAGCUAACGGAGAGGUUCUCCCCAGCGCAGCAGGAAAAGCUCUUUGGAGAGAAAGGCUCAGACAGAUUCAGGCAAAAGGUUCAAGAGAUGGUGGAUUCCAAUGAGGCCAAACUGGUGGCUUUGGUGAACAAAUUUAUUGGUUAUCUCAAACAGAACACUUACUGCUUUCCACAUAGUCUGAGGUGGAUUGUGUCACAGAUGUACAAAACUCUCUCUUGUGUAGACAGACUGGAGGUCGGGGAAGUCAGAGCCAUGUGCACCGAUCUUCUGUUGGCUUGCUUCAUUUGUCCUGCAGUUGUCAAUCCAGAGCAGUAUGGAAUAAUAUCUGAUGCUCCUAUCAAUGAGGUGGCGAGAUUUAACCUGAUGCAGGUUGGCCGCCUUCUGCAGCAGUUAGCAAUGACUGGCACCGAAGAAGGAGAUCCUCGAACCAAAAAUAGCCUUGGAAAAUUUGACAAAAGCUGUGUCGCUGCUUUCCUUGAUGUCGUGAUUGGGGGCCGCGCAGUGGAGACUCCACCAAUGAACUCCGUUAAUCUUCUGGAAGGCUUGAGCAGAACUGUGGUUUAUAUAAGUUACAGUCAGCUUAUUACUCUGGUGAACUUUAUGAAGAGUGUGAUGUCUGGAGACGAGCUGAAGGAAGAUAGAAUGGCUCUUGACAGCUUGUUGGCAAGCCUGCCCCAGGCUAAGCCAGGGAAGGGCAGCAGUCUAGACGUCACCCCCUACAGCACUCCUCAGAUGUCUCCAGCAGCCACCCCGGCCAACAAAAAGAACCGGUUACCUAUAGGACAACAGUUAGCAGCCAUCACUGCCUGGGAUUCCUCAGCCACCAAUCUUACUGCUCAUAUUCCUCUAGUAACCCCGUUUGCAACUCGGAGCAGAAGCCGAAGUAAUAUGCUAAUGGACUUACAUAUGGACCAUGAAGGGUCAUCUCAAGAAACCAUCCAGGAGGUACAACCAGAAGAGGUGCUGGUCAUUUCCUUAGGGACAGGUCCCCAACUUACUCCAGGGAUGAUGUCAGAAAAUGAGGUCCUAAACAUGCAGCUCUCGGAUGGAGGACAAGGAGAUGUCCCUGUUGAUGAAAACAAACUCCACGGUAAACCUGACAAAACCUUGCGCUUUUCCCUCUGCAGUGACAAUCUGGAAGGCAUAUCUGAAGGCCCUUCUAAUCGCUCCAAUUCAGUAUCUUCUCUUGACCUGGAAGGAGAGUCUGUGUCUGAACUUGGGGCUGGACCUUCUGGGAGUAAUGGAGUAGAAGCCCUGCAGCUGCUAGAACAUGAGCAAGCUACAACUCAAGAUAAUCUUGAUGAUAAACUGAGGAAGUUUGAGAUUCGUGACAUGAUGGGGCUAACAGAUGAUAGGGACAUAUCAGAGACAGUGAGUGAGACCUGGAGCACCGAUGUCCUGGGAAGUGACUUUGACCCGAACGUCGAUGAAGAUCGUUUGCAAGAGAUUGCAGGUGCAGCAGCAGAGAAUGUGUUAGGCAGUUUGCUGUGCCUCCCAGGUUCAGGGUCAGUUCUCCUUGACCCUUGCACUGGCUCUACCAUAUCAGAGACCACAAGUGAAGCUUGGAGCGUAGAGGUAUUGCCAAGUGACUCAGAGGCUCCAGACUUAAAGCAGGAGGAGCGGCUCCAAGAGCUUGAGAGCUGUUCUGGACUGGGCAGCACGUCUGAUGAUACAGAUGUCAGGGAGGUCAGUUCCCGCCCCAGCACACCAGGCCUCAGUGUUGUGUCCGGUAUAAGUGCUACAUCAGAGGAUAUUCCCAAUAAGAUUGAAGACCUGAGGUCUGAGUGCAGCUCUGAUUUUGGGGGUAAAGAUUCUGUAACUAGUCCAGACAUGGAUGACAUAGCCCAUGGUGCCCACCAGCUGACCUCUCCUCCCUCGCAGUCAGAGUCCCUGCUUGCCGUGUUUGACCCACUGUCUUCGCACGAUGGGGCCUCUGCUGUGGUAAGGCCGAAGGUUCACUAUGCCCGACCCUCGCACCCACCCCCGGAUCCUCCAAUCCUGGAAGGUGCAGUGGGAGGGAAUGAGGCCAGGCUGCCCACCUUUGGUUCUCACGUUUUAACCGCAGCUGAAGUGGAGGCAUUUAAGCAGAGGCAUUCUUACCCUGAGAGACUGGUUCGCAGCAGGAGCUCUGACGUAGUGUCUUCUGUGCGGCGGCCCAUGAGUGACCCCAGUUGCAACCGCCGUUCAGGGAAUGACGAGCUCCCUCCAGCUGCAGCCACUGGUGCUACUUCUUUGGUGGCUGCACCUCAUUCGUCAUCUUCUUCUCCGAGUAAGGACUCUUCAAGAGGAGAGGCUGAAGAGCGCAAGGAUAGUGAUGAUGAGAGAUCAGACAGGAGCAGGCCUUGGUGGAGAAAACGCUUCGUGUCAGCUAUGCCUAAAGCUCCUAUACCAUUUAGAAAGAAAGAAAAACAAGAAAAAGACAAAGAUGAUCUGGGGCCUGACAGAUUCUCAACACUCACAGAUGAGCCCAGCCCUAGGCUCAGUGCACAGACUCAGGUUGCUGAAGAUAUUCUGGACAAAUAUCGGAACGCCAUAAAACGGACCAGCCCCAGUGAAGGAGCAAUGGCCAAUGACGAGAGUGCAGAGGUCAUAGGUGAUGGUGAAAGUGCUCAGGACUCUCCCCGGGAUGAAGCGCUGCAGAACAUCUCUGCCGACGACCUCCCAGACUCUGCCAGCCAAGCGGCCCACCCCCAGGAUGCUGCUUUCUCUUACAGAGAUGUAAAAAAGAAGCUGAGGCUUGCUCUUUGCUCUGCGGACUCGGUGGCCUUUCCAGUGCUAAGCCACUCAACAAGGAAUGGACUGCCUGACCACACAGACCCAGAAGACAAUGAAAUUGUAUGCUUUUUAAAAGUUCAAAUAGCUGAAGCAAUUAAUUUACAAGAUAAGAACUUAAUGGCUCAACUUCAAGAAACAAUGCGUUGUGUGUGCCGCUUUGACAAUAGGACUUGUAGGAAGCUGCUGGCAUCCAUUGCUGAAGACUACAGGAAAAGAGCCCCAUAUAUUGCUUAUCUCACCCGCUGUCGACAAGGACUGCAGACCACACAGGCUCACUUGGAAAGGCUUUUGCAAAGAGUUUUGCGGGACAAAGAGGUGGCCAAUCGGUAUUUUACCACUGUGUGUGUACGGUUACUGCUUGAGAGCAAAGAAAAAAAGAUCAGGGAGUUCAUUCAAGACUUUCAGAAACUUACUGCCGCUGACGAUAAAACUGCUCAAGUGGAGGACUUUCUACAGUUUCUGUAUGGUGCAAUGGCUCAGGAUGUCAUAUGGCAGAACGCCAGUGAGGAGCAGCUGCAGGAUGCCCAGCUGGCCAUCGAGCGCAGUGUGAUGAAUCGGAUCUUCAAGCUUGCUUUCUACCCUAACCAGGACGGGGACAUUCUCCGUGACCAGGUUCUGCAUGAACACAUCCAGAGACUGUCUAAAGUGGUGACUGCCAACCACAGAGCCCUGCAGAUUCCAGAGGUUUAUCUUCGUGAGGCCCCGUGGCCGUCUGCACAGUCAGAGAUCAGGACAAUAAGUGCUUACAAGACUCCGCGGGACAAAGUGCAGUGCAUCCUGAGGAUGUGCUCCACCAUCAUGAACCUCCUUAGUCUGGCCAACGAGGACUCUGUCCCUGGGGCAGAUGACUUUGUCCCUGUGCUGGUGUUCGUGCUGAUAAAGGCCAACCCGCCCUGCCUGCUGUCCACUGUGCAGUACAUCAGCAGCUUCUACGCCAGCUGUCUGUCUGGAGAGGAGUCCUACUGGUGGAUGCAGUUCACAGCCGCCGUGGAGUUUAUUAAAACCAUCGACGACAGGAAGUGACCGAGACCAGGUCCACCAAGGCAUUGGACUGUUGCCAGGAAACAAAUCUCUAAGACAGUGUGAAGAUUGUUUUGUCUAAUAUGUACAGCUUCCAGACUUUUCCAGUGGCUCUUCCUAAGCAGAUUAACAAGCUAACACGCUGGUUCUGUCUCCUUUCAACCUUCCUGAAUUGCGUAUUUUAUUUCUUGUCCCCAAAUAGAGAGUAGUACUGCAAAAGGGACCAUGUUUUUUCCAGGUGUUUUAAAAUAUUUAAAAAACAAACAAACAAAAAAACCAGAAUCUUCUAGGAAACGUCCAGAUCUCCUUUCAUGGGUUCCCUAUUUGUCCCUUUCAUUUUAGAAAGAACAGUGUGCGUCUUGUAAGACCCUGUCUCACAGCAUUGGAGCAGGAGGCCAGCUGCACUGAGGGUUUCCGGAGUGUAUGCUACAGCCCUUCCCAUAGAUACACUCUCCUGAGUCGAAAGUGAAUAAGGAAAUGUAAAUAUAAUAUAUAUUUAUAUUUGAUGUAAUAUGGGCAUCUUCAGACUCUAAUAAACAAGGACAGUUGCUGAGAGUAGGCUGUGACGUUCCCUCUUGUGAAAUGGUUUCCUUGACAAAAUUUAAGCUGAGCUUAAAAGCAAAACCAGAAAUAUUUAUUAGUGUGUAAUAAUAGUUCAUUACUCUCCAAGUGUGGAGUUUGAUGGGGAAGUCAUGUAGGCAUGUGCCAUCAUGGACAUGUGUUGAGCCUGCACACCAGGAUAGACUCUGUCAUGUAUUACAUAGGACAAGCAGUACAUGGCCAGGUGUGCCAUGCCCUUUGCCCCUACACACUUGAGUAGAAGCCACAGACAGGGUCCCUUUCAGACCCUUAAUUGUCAUCUGUUUUUGAUGAUUAUUCACAUUGAAUGCACAGACCAGGAUUCAGUGAAUGUCAUUUUUUAAAACUAAUUUGUAUUGUCUGCUCUACUGAUCCAGGUUUUACUAGUGUUAAACUAUUUUGAUCAGCCACACUAUUCUUACGUGAAAAAAAAAAUCUAUUUUGGCAGGUUUCUGUGCCUUUAUUGCCCUCUUCUGGAAAAAAAAAGUGUUUCCGUAGUUUGGUUUGCAUUGUACAUCAGCAGUUAAUCAGAAUGGGCUUUGGUGCCAGAGAAGCUGGCCGAGGACCCACACCAAAGCACAAGUCUUGUACAUAGGCCGUCACUGGCUGGUUCCACCUUGUGUGUUCCUGACCAUGGUCAGCUGUUCUGACAAAUGCUGCGAUCCCACACUGUCAUGUCCCUUGUUGCUGGCAUCAAUGCAGGCAUCUUGUAAGGGACCUGUGACACAGACAUGAGCAGAUGGGUGGAGAACUCUGUGCCAAAAGAAGCUGGACUUUCUUCAUGCUCCACCUCUUCCCGGCCCCUGAAAACCCCCAUAGGAAUUUACACAGGAUGUGGGUGUGGUGUCUGCCUUUAGGGAGGGAUCAAAACUAGAGCCACAAAAUAUCCUUUCAAAUGUUGGGUCAGGAAAGCCAUGUUCUUCGUGGGCUGUCAUUGUCAACCUCGCCUUGGUGUCAGACGAUCCAUUCCAUCAUACGUACAUUGCAAGCCAAGGCAUGGUUCUGCGAUGAGGUGGAGUCUGACAUCUGCUUCAGCAUUGGUUCAGUGGAUGUUAAGUCAACAGAAGAUUUUUGAAUAGUUAAAAUUCAUUGUUAAUGGGACUUAACUUGUAAAUCAACGAGAGAUCUCUCUCUCUGUGUUAUGGUAGCUGAACAUACUCCAUGUUAUCACUGUGGAAAUAAAC